UAGUGAUACAGCACUAAAGGUUCAUCUUCAAUCUUAACAUAAACAGCAUUACAAUGGUCCUCCUGAAGUUCACGCUGCUCACCUUGUUUAUUACAGCACUGGACCUGCAUGUUUCUGGAAAGACUGCAAUUACCUGUGAUAGAAAUGUCCUUGACCUGACUUGUGCCACUGGAGUGAUACAGGUGAAGUCUUCUGUAUAUGGCCGCACCAGCCGCAAAGCCUGUACUUUUAAUUGUACUGCUUCUCAUUUUGAUAGCACUAACUGUGUCUUCAGGACUUUCACAAUCGCAGAUAGAUGCGAUGGACUAAGACAUUGUAAUUUAAGGACUGAUUUACUUACCAUCCCUGAUCCAUGUCCUGGAACAUAUAAAUACUACAACACCACUUACAACUGUAUCCCUGGCCAGGUGGUUUUGAUCUGCGAGCAGGAACAUAGAACACUGAGUUGCGGUGAUAAUGCGAUUCAGAUCAUAAAUGCCAUCUAUGGACGUGCUGAUUCUACAACCUGUUCAAAUGGAGCCACCACUUGCGUGACCAAGAACACUAACUGUUACGCUCCAAGAACACGUGCAAUUGUGGCCUCACUGUGUAAUGGACAGAGAAGUUGCACACUAGAAGCUUCAAACCAAGUCUUUACAGAUCCCUGUGUUGGGACUUCUAAAUACCUCACUGUGUCUUACAGAUGCUUUUCUGUUCCAUGGCACUGUCCGCGACAGGCCACAAAAACCUUAGGAAAAAAAUAAAUGCUGAUGCCAUGGCUUGGAUUGAUUUUCGCUAUUUUCUCAGCUGACUUGCUUUUCUCCCAUAGAAAGCUCUCUGCUUUCAAAAUUAUUUUUUACAAUAAAUGCAGUCUACUGAGGCAAAACCCAAGAUAUACAUCUAGAGCUUCUAUUUUAAAUGUCAUCAGUGGAUAACAAAAACAGGAGAUCGUAAAGAAAAAACUGAACAUAGACUACUGUAGGUUCUUACUAAGAGUUUUUUUCUUGGGAAUUGUGUAUUUGUUAUGGAAAAUAACUUUUUUCUAUGACUUACGUUGAAAUGUGCCUACACAUUUUCGUAUGCACCCUACAAAAACAAUAGUUUUUACUUCUUUAUUUAGAUGCAUAGUUAUUAGUGAAUAAGUAUUACAUUAGUAACAGUAAAAACAAACUUUGGUAAAUUUGGGAAAAAAAAAAGACAAAAGAAAUAAUAAUCAUAUGGUGCAUAAAGCACUAGAAUAUUAGGACUGAAAUUUUAUGGUAAUUGAUAUCAAAUGUGUUGUCUUUGUACCAAGUCUUUUAUUUUCUUCAUGCUGUUUGAACAUAAAGUCAUGUAAAUUUGUUUAUAGAUUUAAACAUAUAACUAACAUUAUAUAAUUUAUACUACAUGUACUUAAACAUUACUGUUAAAUUCAUUUUAUUGUAAAAGUACACAGUAUAAAUAAUUAGGUACAAAAUAUGCACAUUGCAGAGUUGAGGAAUUUAGGAGUUUACAGUUGAAUGUUGAAAAUGUGAAUAUCAAUAUGUGAUAAAUAUGACAUUGUAAGAAUUUAGCUAGCUAACUGAAACAAAUUCUUGCAUGUAGAUGACCUUUAAUAUUUGACCUUUCUUAAUAAAAAAUGCAAUGUAAAAUGGUAAAUAUAAACCAUAACACACAUUUUACAAUUUUUUCACAAUCUGCCUAUUAAAAAGCAAAAAUAUUUUGUUGUUGGUUUAUUUUAAAAGAUUUUAAUUGAUCAGGCAUGAAAUGUUAUUAACAUUAGAUUAUAUAAUUAAUUAGAUUAGAGUAAUUGAAAUUUGACAUUGAAAAUACAAUAAAUUUUUAAAUGUAAGAUUUUAGUUUGUUUGUUUGUUUGUUUUUUUAUUAUUUUCCAGUGGUUAAUUUUUUAGCAGUGAGAAGUUUAAGCUUACAAAAGCUGAUCACUAAAGCUGUCUCACUCUAUGCAGAAAAUAUUAAUCUAAACAUUUCAGGUACAAUUCAGGGAGACUUUAAUUACAGAACAGUAUGAAAUUUAUUUUAAUGAAAUUACUAAUUUUUUUUUCUUUUUUUGCUUC